CUGCAGCCUCCGUGCCUAACCUGUAGAACUGAUAAAUAGUACUAAUGGUUGCAUGCUGAUCUACUCUCAGUCAGAUACUCUCUUCUCAACGCCUUGGGAGUUUAUAUGCAGCCUGAACACUGAUAAUGCUCACCCUCAAUAUCGCCUACACGGAGCCAGUGAACAAUAGCUCCGAUCCGUCCAUACCAGUCCUUACCCAAGAGCAAGUCUGGAACGGGUUAAAACUGAAAGCCCGGCGCCCGCAAGAUUUUAUCCCAUCUUUGGAUGAUUCCCGAAUUCUCGAGGAACGGGAUGAUGGGACCUAUAUCGUAAGAGAAGCUCAUGUUGCGGCCAAUCUUCGCGAAUCCCCGAUGGCUGGGAAAUGGACCAGAGAAGAAUGCCAAUUACAUGCACCGGUCCGGACUUAUUUCACACUCCCGGGAGGGUCAGCAGUGGAAAAUAUCGUAUCGAUCGGACAUGACCAGAACCUCUACCUUACUUUUACCUACGAAUGGAAAUUGGCUGAUAUCGAGCCCGGGACGAGUGAGGCACAAAAGGCUAAAGAUGAACAUAUGAGUAUUGCCAUAUCCUCCGUGCAAGGAACUAUCCGGGCAUUGAGACGAAUGGCAGAGGAAAGGACUCUUUGAAGUCUGCAUUGUAAGUGCUGAGACUGACUCCAUAUAGCCUGACAAUGGAAUUCAUAUAUUACACCCAUUCUUAUAAA